CGAAGUCAGUAUACAUUUUCGAUCAUGAAAGCCGUUUUAGUUUUUGUGUUUGCAUUAGCAUGUGUCAAUGCUUCGGUUCUUGAAGAACUACAAAAGUUGACUGCUAGCUUCACAACUCCAUACAUAAUUAAAGGUGAAGAAGCUGUCCCAAAUUCGGCUCCUUACAUCGUUUCCUUGAGCAGGAAAUUCAAGAGGCAUUCACACACGUGUGGUGGUACAAUCAUCAAUAAGGAAUGGAUCGUUACAGCUGCUCAUUGUAUUUCCAAAGCCGUAGGCAUGGGUGUUUAUGCUGGACUCCAUGAAAGACUCCAAACUAGCGUGCCGACUGCUCAGCAUCGUCAAGUUGACUUUGGAAAAGUUCAUUCGGAAUAUCAAGGAGAUGUCGGACCAUACGACAUUGCUCUAUUACACGUUUCCGAACCUUUUGAAUUCAACGAAUCAGUCCAGCCAGCCGUACUCCCUCAACACGAGAGCAUUCCUCAAGGCAAUGCUUCUUUGUACGGAUGGGGACAAACAAAAGCCUUUGUGUUUUCCGCUGCAAAGACUCUUCAGACAGUUAAAACUGAAAUUGUUGAUUGGGAUGAGUGCAAGGAGGCUUUGCCGGAUUCCGCUCCUCUUGAUCCAAGCAAUGUAUGCAGUUCAUCCCUUGGAAAUGGUGUUUCAGCAUGCAAUGGUGACUCUGGUGGUCCAUUGGUAAAGGAAGACGCAAACAGCCCAACUGAACUCAUUGGAAUCGUUUCCUGGGGAUACAUUCCUUGUGGCAAAGCCAAUAUGCCUUCAAUCUAUACACGUGUUUCUGCUUACAUUGAUUGGAUUGUCGACAUUCAAAGUGCAUAUUAUAAAUUGUUUUAAUCGAAAAUAAAAGUAAAAUUGUUUAAAUUUCAAUAAGAAAUCA